AUGUGAUAAUUAAUAACUGGGAAACCUCAGCUAAGAGACUCAGAUGUGGGAGAGCCCCGGAGUGAACACAGAGCUGUUCUAACUUGGUCCAAUUAUUUUGAGGUCAAGAAAAAAAAAACUAGCUACUUUCUGAUUUCUUUUUUUUUUCUGUAAUAAAGGGGAAGAUGGACUUUGGAGUGAUUGCUUCCAAGACUGUGUUGCUGCUGAUCAGCCUCAUCUUUUGGGGUGCAGGAGCUGGACUCGCGUAUGUUGGUGGAUAUGUCCUCAACUCAUACAAGGCGUAUGAUCCCUUCCUUCAAGACAAAUAUGCUCUCUUGCCAGCCCUUAUCAUCAUUUGUGUUGCAGUGGUGAUGUUCAUAAUCGGGCUGGUCGGCUGCUGUGCCACCAUCCGGGAAUCCAAGGUUGGAUUGGGAGUGUUCCUGGUCAUUAUUUUGGCGAUCUUCAUCGCGGAAGUGGCAGCCUUUGUGCUUGGAUUUAUUUACAGGGAAAAGGUAAAAACUGACUUGCAUGAACCAAUGCUGCAAGCAUUCCAGGCUUAUGAUGGGAAAACAGAUGAUUCUCAUAUUGUAGAUUAUCUACAGCAGGAGCUUCAGUGCUGUGGAGUCCAAAACUACACCGACUGGAUUGGAAGCCGGUGGUUCAAUUCUACCUCCAAAAACAACAGCGUUCCCUUGAGCUGUUGCAAGCAAGACCUUCGUCAGAACUGCACAGGACUGUUGAGCGAGCCGAAGUUUCUCAAUACUCAAGGCUGUGAAGGCAAAGUGGAAUCUGCUCUGCAGAGCGUCCUUAGCUAUGCCAUGGUGGUCAUCCUUGCAUUUGCCAUUGUAAAGUUCUUUGGAAUGUUCAGCGUCUGCGUCCUGGCCUGCAAGAGAAAUGACAAUGGUUACCAACCGUUUCACUCUUCUGAAUUCGCCUGAAAAGAAGUUGGAAAGUGAUUUUUCUUUUCCUCUUACUUAUUAAAAUGGACUUGAAAAAGAUGUCUUGAACAGAAAAUAUCUGCCUGCUUUUACAAAAAUGCCAAAGGAGUUUGCAGUAGGUUUCAGACGUUUGUUAAAUGCGAAAUGAUAUGGCCUUAACAUACUGGUUCAGCCUGAGGUUCUCUGAUAUAAUUGAAUUAAAACUGAUCCAUUUACAAAGCUUGGAAAUGAUAGUUUUUGGACUAGAACUCUCAGAAUUCUCUUAGCCAUGUUGACAGAGCUAAUUAUGGGAGAUGCAUUUCAAACCAGUAGCUUUUUCAAAGCUCUGUACCUUUGCCCUGUUUAUUUACAACUAACAGAUGUCAGUCAACUAUGAGUCACAGAUCAUCUCAUUCAAUUCACCACAAGCCUUUCAGCCACCAUUUGGUGACCCACAGCGUAAAACACAAUAGCACUGUGCAUCUCUAGAUUCACAGCUCACAAGUCCCAAGAUCCUUAAAUCAGCCAACUGACCUGUCUAAAUUCACAUUUAGCCAUGCUUCAAACCGUCAGAGGAAUGUGCAGGUAAGGGGAGCUUCUGGGUAGACUGGGUUUAUUGGGAGAACAAUCCACAACUCACUGUUUGUAUUGGGUGUUGUUUAUAAUUUUAUUAAGCACAUGAUGCAACUUUUAACUUCAUUAGCAGGUGAAGCUUGCCUGCAUCCUACAUUAAGAUUGUAUUGAGAAACAGUUGCCUGAAUGAACACAGCAAUGAGGGUAUCCUCAAUGCAGAAAUGCUGUUUCACAAGUUAUACCUCAUGAGGAUGAUGACAUCUGCUGUGGUGAUUUUUCACAAAUAAAAAUGCAUGAUUCCCACCUCAAAAGUCCCAAAGCUUCCAUGAGCUCUUUCCUCAUGGUGAAACCACAGAGGACUUAAGAGACAGUCUUUUAAUUUCUUAAAAUCACAGCCAUCCAGUAAAGUAAUCCCCAUGGUGAUGACUUUUUUUGGAAAGACUCCCACACAUAUCCUAUGGUCCACAAUGGCUGCCCCAUGGCAUUACUGUUGGGGUUGGGGAUUGGAAAUGUUUUUUAAAAAAACACCAUGGCUGAUGAUGACUUUAGCCUUAUGGGGUAUAGCUGUGCAAACAGCUGGGUUUGUUUCUGCUGUGCCUUAUUUAACGGAUUUGUGUUGCGUGCUUCUGUUCAUGCUUUUGUGAGCAAAUGAGCUAUUUAAAUAGCAGACAGCCUGAAGAAAAAUAAAAUAACUUUGUCUUCUAAA